AUGACUUCAAAACUAACUUCCGCCGGUCAAAGAAUCACCAAAAGUUUGAUCUGUCAGCUUGUACACGACAUCAUUCGAUUUUCCGACAUGAAUGCAUCUGAAUUACGAAAGCAUAUCGGAUUGAGAUCUGUAUCUAAUCUCAGGUUCCAUGCCGACGUUAGCGAGGCUCCGAUCCUUCCGACGAACGUUUCCCCGUAUGAUUUUAAUUCGAGAGGAUAUAGUGCAGUCACCAAUGAUGUUAAGAAUCAGGAUCCUGGAAAUUCAGUGAUGAUUGUGUGUGAUGAAAAGCUGAAGGAAGUAUUUGGAUGUGAGAGCAUUUCAGCAAUGGGAAUACCAGAGUUGUUGGUUAGACACCAUUUACUCGAGCAAUAG